AUGGCGGCCUCGAAGCGCGGCGGGAUCCUGCGCAGGCCCUCUGCCGUCCCGUCCCAUCCCAGCAUCGCCUUGGCCAAGGCCAGCCCCAGCGGCACCCUCUGCAGGCCAGUGAUUGACGAUAUAUUGGAUUCAGCGUUCCCUCUCAGACCUGUGAAAACCGUGGUGAUCAAGACCAGCAGCCAGAAUGAUGAGCUCUACGCAGCCUCCACUGGACAAACCCGCUGGCUCCAGAUGACCCUGCAGAAAACCGAGUGUCCCACCCAGGCCGACAUUAACGGCUUCUCUGCGCUCCAUUCUGCUGCCUUGUUUGGCCGGCUGGACUGCCUCAAGGUGCUGGUGGAGAAGUACAAUGUGGACGUGGAUUCACCCAGCUUGACGGGUUGGCGGCCCGUACACUUGGUCAUGAACAAAGAGAGUGAGGGCCGCGCGCUGGAGUGCCUGGAAUACCUCAUCAGCUGGAACGCUGACGUCAAUGUACAGAGCCAAAAUGGAGUCUCGCCUCUUCACAAGGCAGCCAGCGAAGGCCGAACCGAUUGCGUCAAGGUCCUCAUCGAAGCCGGGGCAGAUGUCCACGCCAAGGACAACGAGGGACAAGAGCCCAUCGACCUCUGCAGGAUGUGGGGCCACCGAGAGUGCUCCAAGUAUCUCGCUUCUGCCAUGUGGAAAAUAGACAAGCGAAAUCUUGCUCAGGAGAUGAGCCGGCUGAAUGAGACCAAAAGGGAGUGUCAAGAGGAGGAGGAAGAGUUCUUGAGAAAGCGCCAGAUGGAGCUGAACCGCUUUAACAAGUUAGUGUUUUCCGAAUGGUUGGCAAAGAAGCAUUUGUCUCCCCCCUCUGCUCGGAUUCUGGGCUUUCUGGAAAAGAGGGCUCAGUCAAUCAUCCUCCAAAAGAAGCGUGAGCGAUGGGGCGGGCUGGGCACCCUUACGAGCAGCCUGUGGGAAGCAAGCUGGCCAGACACCUUCCAGCGGUACGGGCAGCAGCCUUGGAACCCGAGCUCCAACCCAGCCAACCCACCGGUGACUUGCAUCUUCCGCCCCAACAUGGUCCGCCUCGGGGUCAGCCCGGAUCCAUCUGUGGACCACGACUUCAGCUCCUUCCUCUUCCUCGCCAAAAACAGGGAUGGCGAGCACGAGAUCCGGGUGGGCAAAGUCGGCAAGGCCUUCACCGUGCCCGUCCUGUCCCGGGAAACCAUCCAGAGGAGCCUCUACCCCCACGCCUGGCCCUCCCGCCUGAGGGUCCCCCAGGGUUUCAAGCCCCAGCACAUCUGGGACGUCAAGCGGAAGCGCCCCCCGAGCCCACAGCACAGGUGGACAGACCAGAUGGCCCUCAGCUUGCGCCAGACCCUCGAUCCCACAUUUGUCACCGCCUUGAAGGCCCACCUGGCCACCUACAGUGACGCGGAGGCGCUUUUCGCGAAGCUGGACUCGGACUGUGAAGGCAACAGAGAGCCAUCCGGUCAGAGCCUCAGCAGCAGCCGCAGUCGCCAUCACUAA